AUCCCUCAAUAUUUACUUGUUAAAUACCAUUAUUCUAUAUAAACAAAUUUUUAUUAAACAUUGUUUUAUAUACAACUCAACUUUUAUUAUAACAAAAACAAACUUGAUAACUGUCAAGAAUAUUAGUAAAAAGUAAAGUUCAAAGCUUAUCAAAAUAAAGUAAUUAAUAUUUGUUUAUCAAUAUUGUGACCAAUGUGUUUAACCAUAACCAUUAAAAAUCAAUUAGACUUAUUUCAGUAUGUCUGAACAAUAUAUUUUAAAUUUAAAUAGCGAGGAUAAUCCUUCAUUACAAGUUGUUGGAUUACAUGAAUUGCAGAAGAGAUAUUUUCAAGAUGGCACUGAUGAAAGUUUAAAUAUGACAUCGCUGAGAACGUUUAUUUUAUUAGAAAAAUCAUUGAGUUCAGUAACGUCUUCAUCUGUAAAAAACGAUGAUAAUGCCUACGACACUGAUAACAAUUUACACAGACUAUCUCUAGCUCAUGAGGGAUUAGAUUCAAUGCCGAAAAUAUUGAUUCAAGAAGUAGCACCGACAGUAAAAAUUUUAGAUCUCAGUUACAACGAAUUUGACUCUUUAAACUUCUUAACGGAGUUUAUCAAUUUAAAUUCAUUGAUUUGCGAUCAUAAUAAUAUCCGUGCUAAUUCUUGUAUACCAUUUAUGCCUAAUUUAGAAUUGUUGUGGAUGAAUUAUUGCCAAACUUACGAUAUAUUUCACUUAAUAUGUAAAAUCAGUUGUUCCUGUCCAAAUUUAAAGUACCUGUCGCUAAUGGGGAAUCCCGGAAUACAAACUUUCUUAUUUAACAGGGUGUCCAACUCAGAACGAACGAGAUAUAGGUUAUUUACGAUAUCGCUAUUUCCAUGUUUACGGCACUUGGACGAUCAAAUUGUUUCGAAAGAAGAACGGCAGAGGUCGCAUAAAUUAUAUCAUAAAAACGUUAUUGAUGUGCAAGCUGCCAGAGCCAUGCCGAAUUCUUUACAACGGGUAACCUGCAGUAGUAGGCUCUCGACAAUUUUAUCUCGUCUACGUGGAUUAAAAAACGAGACAAAAAAUUUAAUUGUGUAGUAUUUAUUGUUGUUAUUGAAUGUUUUAUGUAUUUUGAGUACCGUUGAAUAUAAAUAAUUUGUUACUAUUGCUGAAUAUUUUAAUAAAGUGAUUUUUCCAUUA